AUGACCAAUUUAGCUACUUUAAUCGAGAAGGGUGAUUUUAAUGCAAUAAAAAGUAUAAAAGAUAUACGAGAACUUGCCAAGAAACCAAUGUUUGGAAAUUUUUCAAGCAAUUUUACUGAUUUUCAAAAUCCUUUCCCAAUACAAUUUGCUGCAGCACUAAAUAAUGAAAAUAUCGUUGAGUAUUUCCUUAGAUUAGGAGUAGAUCCCAAUUACAUUGAAUCUUCAGGCUAUUCAGCUCUUCAUCUCGCAAUUCUUAAUAAAAACGUAUUGAUGACAUGCUUAUUACUUGACAAUGGUGCCGAUAUUAAUAUACCAGAUCCAUUUGGUUGUCAUUGUAUCUUUACAGCAAUCAGAUAUUCUAAUUCAGAAGUUUUAACAGAAAUUUUGAAAAGAAAUCCAUGUUUAGAUAAAGAAUACAAAGGAGAUUAUCCAUUACAUUUUGCUCUACAAGAGAAGAAGGUUGACAUGGCGUUUAUACUCAUUUCUUAUGGACAUUCGAUUGAAAAAACAAAUGCAAAAGAAUUUGAUGCAAAAAGUUUGGCAGAAAAACAGAAAUUGAAUGAAUUUCUCAAAGUUGUUAAUGAUGAAACAGAGUUAAACAAACUGAUUCAUAAACAAAAACAUAUUUUCAUGCUUAGAAAAGUUCAAAUGAUCCCUGAAAAUGAAGAAAACAUCCAAAAUGAAGAUCAAAUAGUGAAAAUUAAAAGAGAUGAAUAUAUUCUAUUAAAGGAAAGACUUCUAAACUUAGAAAUGAUUGUUUCAAGACUUCUUCCAAAUGUGUCAAAUGAAAAAUUACUGAAUCCUCAAAUAUGUUUUGCAUGCAAGAGUAAAAAAGGACUCAACAUUUGUCCUGUUUGUGGAAACUCAUUUUGUCAAGAUGAUUUCUAUAAUCAUGUUUUGGAAGGGUGUAAAUUAUGA